GAUUUUUUGACCGGAAGUAGUUAGCUUCGUCCAACUUGUAUCUUUUCGGCGCGCAGCUGUUUUUACUUAUAAUUUACAAAUCCUAAACAAAGUAGUUACGAAAAUAAGAACUGUUGCUACGUAGUUUUAAGAUUAAAUUUAGUUUUUUUAACUCGUUUUUUUGACAAGUUUGACCUUAGAAACAACUUAAUGGCUGAUGCUAAAUCCUGAUUUUUGUCGAAGAAGCUGCCAACUUGGCAACCCACAGUUGAACACUUCCACUUUCGAUCUUCCAGGUCAACCAGUGGAGUAUUAAUGCUUCAGUCACAAAGCAACCUUUGUCUCUUUUACAAUCAAGUUAUGACCACAGAGCGGAGAGGAGGGUUCUCUGUUCGGUCAGAGAGGAGCGGCGUUGAUACCACCUUUGCAUCCACUGCAGCUUCUCCUUCAGUACUUGAAGGUGUUGCAUCUUCAUUGCCUUUGAGCUGCAACCCCAAAAACAUCCAAGCCGAAGAUGAUACAGAGAGGUCUACAGAUUGGCCUGUACCUAGAACAAGAGACGAGAACCUUGGUGCCCAGUUCACUUUGACUCGUCAAACAAAUGACAUUGUCUCCUCGACCAAAUGGAUGACCUUGCAGACAUCUGCAAUCUUUCAAAGGCAUAAACCCCUAGAAGUUCAGCAGGACAGCAGUUCCUUGGAUUUCUUGUCUGUCGACAAAAGACCUCCUGAGGGUAACUCUGUGAACUUGCCUUCAUCUGUUGUUCCUGGUUACCCAGGCAGCAGGGAUGGCGCAGGUAAUGUUUCUAUUUUUCCAGAAGCUGGAGUCCAGUCUGAUUUUAAACAAUCUGGAGAUGGUGCUCUAGAGCAGCACAGAGCUCCUAGGUUUACACCAGAGCACGCCAACAAGAUACUUCUCCAUUUUGGGCUUGACAAGGACGACUUGAGUCACCUCCUGUCGUACCCUGAGGAGCAGAUGAAUGCAGAGAAUUUGCUUCUCAUCUUGAAGCAAAUUUCCAUGGAGAAGAUGCAGAAAGCACAAGUUCCCUCUGAAAACUGCUCUAAUCUUCAAGGCGUUAAUGGAAUAUUCAGGAAGGAGGGAAUAGGGGUGAAGAUCCACCAAGAUGAAGGAUCGUGGACUGGUUCUCCAGGAAUGGAGGCUGAACAUGAGUCCAUUCCAGAUGAUGGAGGUACAUCAGGUAUGGACACAUUGAAAGAAGGUCUCCAUUGUGAGGAGCAGGUGAAAAAUGGUGGCCAGAGGAGUUGUGUCUUCAAGCUGAACUCAAUGAGAACGUCUGUGGUUCCUUCAACCAGUGUUCCAACUGAGCAAGCCCAAGGAAAGCACAUUUCCCAAUCAACCUCCUCCUUUCAGAAGAACAUUAGACAGCUCAGUGCAGAAGUUUCCAAGUCUGUUGUUCCUAAAGAACCAGCAUCAGACUCCACGUCGACAUUAACAUCUGAACUGCAGGGAAACAGUCAAACCGAUAAACAAUUGUCAAAGAUUUCCAAGCAUUUGCCAAAACAAAGUAAACGAAAAGUCCAAUUCAUGCAGCCCAGCGGCGACAAACCUCGGUCUUCUGUGACACCAGUCCCUCUCGGCUAUGAUGAUCCACAGACCGUCAACAUUUCUCCGGCUGUGCCUUAUCAGAGUCAGCUGGGCUGCAUGGACUUCUGGGGGCGUUCCAGCACAUACCCUCAGGAGAUGUUCUAUAGAAGUCUUCCAGCACCGUCCAUGAUGCAGGAAUACGCUGCAACCCCACCAAGAAGCUUUCCACACACGUGCUGCCUCUGUAACACUCCGUCUGCCCACAUGGAGGACUGGAUCUACCACCAGAACAGCAACCGUCACCUGGAGAACUGCAAACUCCUCAGACAACAAUAUCCGGCAUGGGACGGUCAAGUCCCACUUCUCCAAAGUUACCCAGACAGACGCUUCCCUCCAAAACCUCCUCAGAGCUCCCAGAAUCUAAGACCAAAAUUCAGACAAGAGAUCCCACAAAGACGGGAUAGAUCCUGUUCUCCCUCGAGGAGUCCGCUUCUGGAGGACGAGUUUGGAGUUCGAAGAUCUAAACAUCUGUCAAGGUCUCGUUCCCGAUCCCCUCUCUACAGCUCCACCUCCUCUCAUCAGCCACAUUUAAAGGGACAAUCUUCAUCCAGGAGUGUAGAGGAGAAGCGCCGGAGACGCUCCUUUUCUUCAUCUGGUGGUAGGAAGACGUCCAGAAUGGUGGAUAAACUGACAAAGAAACUGCUGGAAACACCAGACGUCCAGUCUCUGCUGGAGCUGCCCAGCCUGGAGGAGAUGCUGAAAACUCUCAUUCCUCUCCUCCUCUCUGAGUUUAGAAAGAUCAAGUCGUCUUCUUGCUUUUAUGAAGCAAAGAAACAGAAAGGCUGUAACAGAAAUCCUGAUGCUGAGCCGCUUUCAUCCAGUAAAACUAAGGACGAUGAACUUCAGAGUUCUCCAGCUUCUUCAUGGGAGCAGAAACCAACUUGUCAUCAAAAAUCAGCUGAUUCUGCAAUAUUGACCAGUGAAUCACCUGAACCACACAAACAGAAAGGAGCCAACGAAGGGAAACGUGCCCCAAAAAUCCCCAAAUGUUCAUCCAUGAGGGUUCAAGAACCUCCUCAGCCCCACGAUGAAGCGGAAGUUAAAACGGACGAUCAGACGGAGCCGAUUAAAGGUUCUACUUCAGAACAAAAUGACAUUCAUCCAAAAACCAAUGAAGCUUCAGAUCUUCCUGAGGGGAACGCCACUGAAUCUCCACAAACUUCACAAGCUCUGAGAAACCAGCAGACGGACGUGGAAAUGCUAGAGAUAAAAGUGAAAACCCCAAAGAAUGCGUCACCGCAGGAGCAGGUGGGUUUCAAACCCUCGACAUCGGCCUCGUCUCUGACUGUUGGAGAACGGAUCUCUGAACUGCUGCAUCAAACCAGAAUCCGUUGUCUCAGUGAGAAAACCAUCCAGUCAUCUAAAUUUUCUCGUCUCCGCUCUCGUCUGCUGUUGAUCACCGGCCUACCGGAGAACGCAGACGGCUGCUACACAGAACAGGACGUUGUCCGUCUGCUCUCCCCGUUCGGAUUCGAACCCUCCAACAAAUGCCUCUACGUCAUUCCUCAAACGUGCAUGGCUUUCGCCGUCAUGCCGUGUGCCGACAGCAUCAGGAGCAUCAUCGCGUUCACUCACAAGAACGACUUGAUGCUCAAAGGAUCCAGACUCGGUUUGCAUGUGGUGAUCAGCAGGAUUUCUACCACACCUCAUCAGAACUGGCUGCUAAAGCUUUCCCUGGACCGGUCAUCCCAAACGGGAGCAGAGACGUCCCUCGUGGCAGUACGCCACCCUUUUGGGUCACCAUGACAACCAGUCCCUUUAUUUUCCCAACCAACUGGCCUUGGUUUGUAAUUCCAGAUUACCUGACGGUGGAAGGGAUGAAGGAUGUCCAGAGCGCUCCAUCUCCACGUUUCACCUCCUCCACCGUCAUGCUGACGGGUUUGCCUCAAGGGAACUUGACGCACCGGGACGUCGCCCAGCUGGUCUGGCCUUUUCUCCCCCAACAGACUCUACGCUCUUUGUUCUACAACGUGACGGUCCUCCCCCUGCAGAGACGGGCUUUUGUGCAUUUCAACGACCGGGACUCGUGCUGCCGGUUUCUUCUGAGCCACAUCUCAAACCGGGUUUCCGUCAGAGGCUGCGUCCUCGGCGUCCAUUUGGUUUUAGAGGACAUGGAGCCUGCGUAUAAUGAGGAGAUCAUGUACCAAACUUUAAUGAAGCGGAGCAACUCACGGGUUCCAGAUCUGGAGUCCCUGGAGGAGCGGCUGCUCUGCGUGGAGAUCUGGGAGGCGUCCGUGAGCCUCGUCAUGACAGUCAUGGAAGCUGUGGCAUCAACGGCGUCCUUUGAGGGUUUCCUGCCUCUUGCCAACAGGAUCUGCAUCGAAUUGACUGAACGCAGAGAUGUAACCAGAGUGGUGCAGAAAAUCUCUGCCAACAUUUCAUCCAUGAAACAAAUCUGGAUCAAAGUGAAGAGCGUCUCCUCUUUGAAAAGCUUUAAACGACGUCUACAGAAUUCAUGGAGUGACCUCAUUAAUAUUGAGCUGAACUGCAGCAGCAGAACCGCAGAUCCAAACAUCGACAUCAGAGUUCUAGAAGAGGAGGAGGAGGCUGAAGGAGAGGAGAUGAAGAAGACUGAUGACGAUUCCAAAGCUGUUUUGAAGACCACACUGACCCACGCAUCGGACCCCCCAGCUCCGGUUCCAUUCCAGACCGUUGCUGAACAGGUUGAAAAGUUCCUCCAUCAAGACCAAAUCACGUGUCUGAAGAUGGAAGCUGUCCUGUCAUCCAGAAAAAACGGCUCAAAAAAGGAAGACUAUGCUGAACCUGAGAGAAGCCAGACAUCUCUGAAGGAGGACUAUCGUUUUUCAGAUAUUUCUGAAGAUGAAGAGGUCUGCUCAGAGGAGCACAGUGGGAGGAAGGUGGAUGUUUCUGUCCAAAAACAAGACACAGUCACUGAAAGCCAAAGAUUCAUCGCUGAUGACGACACUUUUCUGAUGGAAAAUGAAGGUUCUUCAUCAAAAGCGUCUGAGGAGGAUCUGUCUCAAGCUUUCAACUGUUCAGACAAGUCAGCAGAAGAGUCGACUGGUAAAACCCAACAGUCUGAGGUCGAUACAUCCAGAGUCAGAGAAGAUUCAGGGAUGCUUAUGGGCAAACCUUCCUGGAAAUUCUGCACAGACCAGAAUGUUCAAGGCCAAAGUGACGUGGUCUUUAAGAAGUUAGAAUCAGUUGAAGAAACCAAAAGAAGUGAAUGUCAGAAACUCAAAGCUUCCAGUAGUUUUAGUUCUAAAGAAAACACGAAGAAUAAAGAAGAGAUGAAUGUAUUCCAGGUCAAGGAUCCUACGGAGGAUCAGAUAACCUCCAAAGAGUCGGAUGCUUUUGUGGACCAAGAUGAGACGAGACUCAAAUCUAUUAGAGAUCCUAACAAAGAAAACUAUCAGCUAAAUACUCCAACAACAUGUUGUACAAGAGAAAUUAGCAACAAGACAACUUGUAAAGAAGUAGACGAUGAAACGGAAAAAAACUCAAAUAUGGAAAACAUAGAUACUAGACAUUUUACUGCAUCCAUGAAGGACGACUUGUCCAGUAAACUAGACGAAGAAAGACCAUGUUGUCUUGAUUCCAAGACAAUGAGCUCAAGAAUGACACCAGUUGUACCAAUAAAUGACAAAGUUCUUGAGAAAGAGACUGUGGAUUCCAUCAGAGACGAUCAAGGUCAAGAGGAGGCGACUAAAGAAACGUCGACUGCAAAGAAGGAAAGCAGAGAAUCGAGAAUGGAGAGAAACAAAGACCCAACUAGAAUUGAAAACCCAGAAACUCAUGACUUCUCAACUGCAGAAAUAUCGGAAACGGAGAGUUUGUGUCCAGAAGAAGCUUAUAAAGAAUUGGAGAGUGGGGGAUCUAAAGGAGAUGAGUUGGAGGGUCACUCCAGAAGAGAGACCCAUAAACCGCCAGUUAAAAGAAAAAUCCUCCUGAAAGUGGAGGAGUCAAAGAGAAAAGUCUCUAGAUUCUGUGAAAAAGAAAGUCAGGACAGAAGAGAAAAGGGGUUAGUUGGUACAAUCCAAAGGAUUCCUGAAGAACUCUGGGGAGAAGAAGCAGGAAGAGGAGGAACGGCAGAUGGAGCAUGGAAUGAUGGGAUUGUGGAUCUACAGAAGCUCGAAGAAAAGGAAAACCACAAGGAAAUGUUGAAGAUAAAUGCAGAAGAUGAGGACGAUGAAGACCAGAAAAUAGAAGGUCAGGAGUUCGUGGUGCGUUCUCUUGGGUUUUUCUGCAGCCUCUGCUCCGUUUUCUUUCUGAAGGAGAACGCCUCCGACGACCUUCACUGCUGCACUGAAGGUCACUACAACAACCUCCAGAAACAUUACUGGAAGCUGCAGCAGCAGCGACGACGACUGGAACCGCCGCCUGACUGAUGGAGCCUCAAACAGCUGCUGCUGCAACCAAAGAAAAUCAUUCAGUUCCUCUUGAUUUCAAUGGUUUUCAGAAGAAAAAGUUAAAAAGUUGAAUUUGUUUUUCAGGUUUACACUUUUGUUUCCGUUUCUACGUUUAAUUGUGAAAAUAAUUCAGAGAGAAUGAACACAAUAAAUGUAAAGUUUUCUCUCAUAA